AUGACGGCACAGCGCUUGCAGAGAUGGGCCUUGUUUUUGGGUGCACAUCGUUAUGACAUCCAGUAUAGAGGCACAAAGUUGCAUGGGAAUGCAGAUAGUUUGUCAAGAUUGCCAUUACCGAUUGUAAGUGAUGUACCAAUGACUGAUGUGGCAGAAUUGUUUCAUAUGUCCAUUUGUGAAGUGUUGCCAGUGGAUAACAAACGUAUAGAGCGUGAGACAAGGAAUGAUAGGACUCUUUCAGGGGUAUAUGAUGUAACAGUACGAGGGUGGCCAGCGGAAGGAGAUUCUCGUUUUCCUCAAUAUUCAGCAAGAAGAGAACAAUUGUCUACGUGCAGGGGUACCGUGAUGUGUGGUUCUAGAGUGGUGAUCCCCCAAAAGUUACAGAAACAAAUCUUGGAGGAACUACACGUUGGUCAUCUAGGAUGCACUAAGAUGAAAAGUCUGGCUCGUGCAUAUGUAUGGUGGCCAGGUAUUGAUGGCCAGAUUGAGGAAUUGGCCAAAAAUUGUUCUGGCUGUCGGCUUGAGCAGAAGACACCUCCAUUGGCCCCUAUCCAUCCAUGGGAAUGGCCGUCUGGUCCAUGGAAACGGGUUCAUAUUGAUUAUGCAGGACCCUUUCAAGAGUCUAUGUUCCUGGUGGUAGUAGAUGCGCAUUCGAAAUGGCCAGAGGUUAUAAAGAUGUCCUCGACUACGUCUCAGAAGACGAUUGCGACGUUACGAACAAUUUUUGCAAGGUAUGGUUUGCCUGAACAAAUAUGUUCGGAUAACGGGCCUCAAUUUGUAUCUGAAGACUUUAAGAAGUUUCUGAAGACUAAUGGCAUUAAACACUAUACGUCGGCACCUUAUCAUCCAGCAACAAAUGGACUGGCGGAGCGUUUUGUACAGACCUUUAAGAAGGCGCUUAAAGCAAUGAAACAUGAGGAUCUGCCUAUGCAACAUAAAUUGGACAAUUUUUUGUUCAACUAUAGAAAUGCGAUUCAUGCUGUAACAGGUCAAUCACCUGCGAUGGUGUUUUUCAACAGACAGUUGGGUUCCAAAUUGGACUUAGUUUGUCCUGAUCUUAGAAGACAAGUGGAACAGAAAGUGUUCCAUUGUGCACCUCAACGUCUUACCAGGAGUUUCCAGGUUGGUGAAGCUGUACUUGCCCGCGAUUAUAGAAACCAGAAAUGGCAGCCGGGAGUUGUUGCGGAGGUACAAGGACCUCUAAUGUAA